AUGGAGAAGAUGGAGAAUGAGGAGGCAGUGAGUGAGAGUGACUUGGAGGCAUUUUCAUCUUCAGAAGUUACUCUCGGACCUAGCGUAUUGAGUAUAGAGAAGACGGAGGAUGAGGAGGCAGUGAGUGAGACUGACUUGGAGGCAUUUUCAUCUUCAGAAAUUACUCUCGGACCUAGCGUAUUGAGUAUAGAGAAGACGGAGGAUGAGGAGGCAGUGAGUGAGACUGACUUGGAGGCAUUUUCAUCUUCAGAAGUUACUCUCGGACCUAGCGUAUUGAGUAUAGAGAAGACGGAGGAUGAGGAGGCAGUGAGUGAGACUGACUUGGAGGUGCUCACACAAGAAUUGGUGUUUGCAAGCAGUGCCAGUGAACCAGAAAGUACUAUUCCUGUUCGCAUGGAAGACGACAAGAGAGACGAUGACAGCGGCUCUUCUGUGACCAGCGUCCGACUGGCUGCAGGAUCAAGCAACAGGAUGCAAUGCACCGCCAAGCGGGAAGCAUCCUGUGGGAAUGAAAUAGGUACAAGGAUUCUGGGGCACAGAUGCGGCUUCUGCAAGGAAAUGUUUGCCCAGUUGCAGGACCUGAAGGAGCACAUGCACAAGGACGGAUCUGCUGCGAGCAAUGCUGGCAGUGUAGAGCGCGCCGUGGAGGUCGCUUAA